UGCAAGGAUGGGAGCGCUGGAAAGACGGAAGAUCUCUAGGCCUUAUGUUUCCACCGUCGACAUCGGGCUCUGGUCCCCAGCUCCCUAUCUCGACCGGCUCGCCAGAGUCGGUUGCGACACUUCGAUAUUGGUUAAACGAAUGCCUACAAAACCAUCCCGAAUGUCAAUCUCUUUUCAACGCCGCUGGAUCAGGGAAACUUCCAACGCGGCUCAUUGAUGUCGGGGAAGCCGAAGGACCACUCACGCCGCGGCUUGUGGAAACCAGGGAUUUCCGCACCCUGGACAAGAAAGGCUACCUCACAUUAAAAGCCAUUGCUGGGGAAACCUGAAUAUGGACGUAAAGUUGACGAAACAGAGCUACAUAACUUUCCUGGAAGACGGUAUUCCAGUCGAAUCCCUUCGAAGGACACUUCGGGAUGCCAUGAACAUCACCCGCCAAAUAGGAUGCCGUUACAUAUGGAUCGACUCCCUCUGCAUUAUCCAAGAUUCACCGGAAGAUUGGGCAGUAGAGGCACUUACCAUGAAAGAUGUCUACGGUAAUACCUCCUGCAACAUUGCUGCUUUGGGAGACCCCGGAGACGGUUGCUUUGUGAAAAGGAAUCCUUUGCACUUUUUCCCUUGCUACAUCGGUAGGAAGCAUCCGAACGGCAACAGUACCUACGCCUUCAGAUACCACAACCCCGUUGUGGACUCAAGGGAAGACGAUAACGGAGGUCCACCUCUUCUUCGCUGUGGCUGGGUUGUUCAAGAGAAGCUGUUGUCAACCCGCGUGAUUUACAUGGGUAACCCUCAAAUAUACUGGGAGUGCACUCGGUAUAGGCGUUCAGAAGGACUACCGGUCAUGGAGAAAUCCGCCCCGGUCGUGCCAUUCUACAACCAACUUGUGUGCGCAAAAUCAGAUUUUCGGGCACUUUGUGGCCAGACACCUGAAUCCGGUGGCGACAAGCUGCAACAUGAAGCUCAGAACAUGAUCGAUCUCCUCAAAUGCUGGAUGAGAAUGGUCAGUGACUAUAGCAAGAUGAAUUUCACCAAGAAAGAGGACAGAUUCAUUGCAUUCGCGGGAGUGGCAGAGGCUAUUGCAGCCGGGAGGGGGUGGACCUACGUGGCCGGGACAUGGAAAGAACUCUGGCCUUUCGACUUGUUGUGGGCUCGGACUGAGCCUGACCCAAAACCCAUAGAUCUUCGCUGGCGCGAGGAUAGAUUCAAGCCCAUGAUUCCUUCGUGGUCCUGGGCUUUCAAAAUUUCUGACUCCAUGUCUAAGGCAAACCCCGCGGUGCACUUCCUUCCUUUGCGAUAUCAGCAGCUCUUCGACCCCGUCACUCGCAGACUUACCACAACUUCCCUGGCCACAGUCGUCGACUUCUCCUGUCCGAAUUUCAUGACGCAACACUCCUUAGCCGGAGGAAAGUACUGUGAUAUAAAGCUCAGUUUGAGAGGUCAGGUCUUGCGAGGAGGUGUUAAUACGCUUAUUCCAUUACUUGGCACAAGCACAUGCAAUGUUCACGUCCACUGGGACGUGAAACACCCUCCGCAGAACGAGCUCCUUUUCUUAUUGCUGAUGCGGUGGACGGAGUUCGGCGACGAGCAGCAGGCCGGACUCGUUCUUAUGAAGCAGAUGGCUCCUGUGUCGAGGGUCAAGCAUCAGAUGUACUUCCGCGUUGGCGUAUGGGAGGACUACAGCUCUCAACCUCGUCGUGGACGACGCCUUCUGUUCGCUGACUCUGUGACGGAAGAGGUCGUUCACUUGUGCUGAGGGCCGGGCCGGUACCUAAGUUGGUUGAGGAUGAAGCUGAAGUUGAAACUACUGCUCGGUUAGAUCUCACAUGUCGAUCUGGUCGGCGACCUUGUUCGUAUUUGUCAAAUCUCCAGUCAGCAUUUCCUGAGAGCCUGGACUCAUCAUCUCAUCCAUCAACGCUAUGCACCGGCUUAGCCCAUUUUUCAACAUAUACUGUGGUUCCGAGCAAAAGAAAAACCCCCCUGCCAGGUAUCCGGCACGGACUACCACGGCCAAGAUUUUGGGGUUGUCGAGGUGG